GAGACRUGGAAUCUCUUUGGGAAUAAUUCAUUAGUUUUUGAUAAUUAUAGAGCGAUUACGCCAGCCAACUGAGUCAAUAACCAGCAUAUUAACAUACCCUUUCAUGAAAGUAUCAUCAAAUUUUCAAGCUAUUUCUUACCUUUGUUUACGGAACGCYAAAGUAAGCGAAGCGUAGAACGAGGCAACCUGUUGUCAMAAAACGUGCUCAAUGCUAAAUUAUGGUUGUUUUUCCGAGACGAAGACGCCUAAUCUACAUCCUUGCUGCAGCUGUAUUUCUUUUCGGUUGCAUUUUCWUAAUGAAGAAAAUCASUUCGACUGAAAACGAGGACGAAGAACGACUUCGUAGACUCAAAAUCACUCGAGACGAUACUGAAUGGAUGAGAUGGCUCGACCCACAUGCUUUGCUGGAUGACUUAAAAAACAAAUCUAAAAACUUGAAUAUCUCAUUCAAAUUUGGAAACCUAACAAGGUAUGACUUAAGAAUCCUUAAAGACGAUAAAGAAUUAGACGCUCUGUCGUUGCUGAAAGGUGUGAAGGAUAAAUUAGUUGGCGUUGAUAAACAAAAAGAUGAUGCCACAAGGCGUGAUAAAGUAAUAGGCCCACCACCUAACUACAACGUUCAUGUAUUUUAUUAUGGUUGGUAUGGAAACCCUAAGAUUGAUGGCAAAUACWUGCAUUGGAACCAUGAAUUCYUACCUCACUGGAGACCGGAAAUUGCAAAGAAGUAUCGCAAGGGAGCACAUGUCCCCCCUGAAGACAUUGGAUCAAAUUUCUACCCMGCYCUUGGUCCRUACAGCUCACAUGACAUCAAAGUGAUUCACAACCAUAUGAAACAACUGUGCUAUGCKGGUGUUGGGGUGCUUGCAGUGUCAUGGUACCCCCCUGGGAAAGCAGAUGACCAAGGUGGCCCYCCUGAUUCUUUAAUACCAACAUUAUUGGACAUUGCCCUCAUGUAUGACUURAGGGUGACUUUUCAUAUUGAGCCAUACAAAGGUCGCAAUGAUGAAACUUUAGAGGAAGAUGUCAAAUAUAUUAUUGACAAAUAUACUAACCAUAAAGCUUUUUACAAAUAUAAAUACAGGGAUGGUAGAGUUAUGCCUUUGCUGUACAUCUAUGACUCAUAUCGCACUCCUGCUAAAGACUGGGCUAAGCUUUUAAYAAUGAAUGGCUCACACWCGAUUAGAAAAACAAAAUAUGACUGUGUGUUUAUAGCACUAGUAGUUGAAUCAUCCCACAAGGACGCUAUUACCAUUGGKGGAUUUGAUGGACUAUACACYUACUUUGCUACCAGUGGCUUUAGCUAUGGCUCAACAUGGAGAAUAUGGCCACAACUGGCCUCUUUUGCCAAGCAAACCCAAACUUUAUUUAUUCCAAGUGUAGGGCCAGGAUAUAUAGACACAAGCAUUCGUCCAUGGAACUCRGAAAACACUCGUCUAAGAGAGAAUGGSGAAUAUUACAUGAAAAGUUGGAAGAAUGCWUUGACAGUAAAGCCKGAGAUUGUUUCAAUCACAUCUUUUAAUGAAUGGCAUGARGGAACUCAAAUUGAGAAGGCUGUUCCUAAGAAAGCUCCAGGUCUUGUCUAUAAAGACUACAGCCCUUAUGAUUCUGAUUACUACUUAAAACUGACACAAGAAAACAUUGCAAAAUUAAAAGAGAUUCAAAAAGACACAUGAUUUCAUAGAGCAAAUGUGGUAAAUUCAAUGUAAGUUUCUCUCAUCCUUUUUUCUUUCCUACUUGCUACUAAUCAUUGGAUUUGACAUACCAUAUCUACUCAAAUAGACGCCACCCUCAAAUAAACGCAUACUUUAAAAAACGCAAAAUAUUAAUAGACGCCGCCCCCUAAUAGAACGCUGCAUCUGGGUGCAAAGAUACAAUACAAAGUACAGUAUUUAGUACUGAAUAAAGUGGUUUUUGAAUAAAUGCCGCCCUCGAAUAAAUGCUGCAGCUGGUUCGUGAAAAAUGAAAUAAAAGUYGCUGCGUCUAUUCAGGUAAAUACGGUAUGCAAGAAUUGGCAUUUAAUAUGGGUGUUUGCAGUAAAACUGAAUUAUUUUUGUGUACUGAUUUGCUAUUAAACUUACACUGCUUUAYUUUUUAACUCCACAUGUAGGUAUAGUGUGUUUACAAUAUAAUUUAGACAAUGUGUUAUAAGCAUUGCCAUUGUUGCUUUCAACCCUUGCAUUUSACAUCAAAGCAGCUGAAUCUAGAGGCAAUACAAAGGACUUCAACACUGCAGCUAUGAAAUMGAAUCCAUUGCACUGCCCYCUGCAUUAAAAGCUGCAUUCAUGCAAACUGCAAGGGGUCUUCAAAGCAAAUUGCUCUUUACAUGUAGGUUGUAUUGGCUGUUCAAUUUGUGUUUGCUAUAAUAUAUUUUWAGUUUUUUAGUGGCACAACAACAUAAUGCAAAUUAAUUGCAUCAAGCAAUAUGCAGUAGCAAUGUGAUUUCUAGGACAAAGACUGAUAGAAAAUUAAGUCUUCUGCUAAAUCAAAUAGACUGUUUUGUGUUCCCUUUAUGCAAAUUCACAAAACAAACACUAAAAAACCUAUUUGGGGAAUUUCGUGGUUGUGAGAACUACUUCUCCCAUGGUGCUUUGGGAACAGAAAAAAACAUUGCUGCACAUUUGUUAUCGAUAAAUGCAAUGUAAAUUAAUAUUUGUGCUGUACGACCAUGAAAAUAAUCAAUUCAUGCCCUAACAAGCAUGUACUUAACUAUUAUACAUUCUUAUGCACUUCGCUUGUAAAGUAUAGAUCGACAAUUUUAGAAAUAAAAGGUAAUAUUCCAUAUCA